UUUCCUUACGGUUCUGUGAACCUCACCCUUCUCGUCCGGUUUCGUUUUCUAGCUGAUGUGGAUGGACUUGUAUUCCCCGAUUUAGACGGUGAAUAGUCAUCGUAGGAGCCGAAAACAUACCUUGCGACACAUGGCGUCAAGUGAUACAGAACGAGAUGGUGGUUCACCAGAAAAACACUCUCCAGUAAUACACAAGACAAGAUCCCGCUCGCGUUCAAGGGAACAUAAAAGAAAAUCUGAUGAUUGUCGAAAACACAGAAGUCGGAGCAGAAGCAAAGAGCGUGCUAAAGCACGAAGAGACUGAACUGAAGACGCUGCAGAUUCACAUAGCAAAAUAAUAAGUCUACUUCAUGAUAAGAACCAACUUCUUCUUAAAACAGGCUAGAAGACAUGAAGUUAAAGCGAAGUCCUCCAAAAAACAUCGAUCUGAUGACACGGUUGACAGAGAUCAUUCCGACAAGAUCCGAGACAGACUAAAUUCAUCAGAAAAUGGAGACGAAAAACACAGACGAAAAGAAAAAAGAUCCUCUAGAGGCAAAAGUUAUUCCAGGUCUCGCUCACGUGAGAGGCGCCAUCGUAGUAGAAGCCAUGACAGAAGAAAGUCACGUUCAAGAAGUAGGGAGAAGAAAAGGCGUCCCAGAUCACGCUCUAGGUCAAGAUCUAAACAUAGACAUCGAAGCAAGAGUAGAAGCAAAAGUCGAGAGAAGAAGAAGAGAAUAGAGAAACCUAGAAGGCACAGUAGAAGCCGAAGCCAGACACCUCCAAGCCCUCCAGCUUUUCGAGGGAGAAACGCCGCUAUGGAUGCACAAGAAGCCUUAGCUAGAAGGUUGGAAAGAGCAAAGAAACUGCAGGAGCAACGUGAAAAAGAGUCGGCUGAAAAACAGCAAGAGAUAGCAGCAGUGGCUGCAGCAGGGGGAGGAUCAGUUAUCAAUGUAGCAGCUCUGUUGGCUUCGGGGACUCAAGUAACUCCUCAGAUUGCGAUGGCAGCACAGAUGGCUGCACUACAAGCUAAAGCAUUGGCACAGACUGGCAUUUCUGUCCCCAGCUAUUAUAAUCCAGCAGCAGUGAAUCCAAUGAAAUUUGCAGAACAAGAAAAGAAACGUAAAAUGCUUUGGCAAGGCAAAAAGGAAGGGGAUAAAUCUCAAUCUGCAGAAAUAUGGGAAAAACUAAAUUUUGGUAACAAGGACCAAAAUGUGAAGUUUAGAAAGUUAAUGGGAAUAAAGCAUGAGGAAGAAGCUGGGACUAGUUCAGUUGAUGCUGAAAGUUUUAAGACACUCAAGCAGCAAGAGGAGAUGUUCCGAAACAUGGAUGCGCAGUAUGAAAUGGCGAGAUCACAAACUCAUACUCAGAGAGGAAUGGGCUUGGGUUUUACUUCAUCAAUGCGAGGAAUGGAUGCUGUUUGAAGGGGAAAAAUUUGAAUUUUAAAGUCUUUACUACUUUGGACUUGUCAAUAUUUCAUGUUCUUGUAACCAAAAGGCUAGAGUUCUAGCUUGCAUGGAUAUUGCAUUGACUUUAACUUAUUAAAACAGAAUUGUUUUUUGUAAAUAGAUCUGUGAUACGGUGUUAAUGUUUUCCAACUAUUUUCAUUAAAAAUGAAAAUAGGAAGCAAUUUUAGUUUCUAAGUUUCUACUUGAUAGAUUUGUUCGACACAUGCUGUUGAUAUGAAGACAUAUUCAUGUUGGUGCAAUGUUUUUGAACAUAACCAUGUUAUCAAAAGUUCUAUAAGAUAUUGCUCCAGAUCAGGCCGAAUGUUAAUAAAGUUGUUCUGUUUAUUAAUGGAUUUUUAAAUAAGACAUUGGAUGUUAUUUAAAUAUUCUUUUAGUACAUCAUGGAUAAAUGGCAUACCCAUAAACAGUUUGUUUAUACUUAAGAAGUUUCAAAAGUUACUUCACUGCUACUACUUCAUGGUAGCGUUUUUUGUUUUUUUUCUACAGCACACUGAUGCCAAGAUGAGGCCCUUUAUAUUUUCAUAGUACGCUGAUUUAUUGUUCUUAGGUUUAAACAACCUAAAUUGGUUAGCAGUUUUCCAUUAUUGCUAAUUGUGACUUGUUUUUGUUGCUUAAGUCUUUUAUCCGAUGGACAGGUGGACAGAAAAAUGUAGAAUAAAAGUUGCAUUAAUGCUU